AUGAAUCGUUGGACUAAACUUAUUCGCUGGCAUCGCACACAAAAAGAUGGUGAAGCAGAAGUGGCAAAAGCAGAAGGACAGAAAGAGGAGAAAAAGGAGCAGAAAACAAAAGUGAACUGGCGGGAGUGGGUGAUUGAUCCCUCUGAAGAGUUUUAUUAUGGCUGGUUGCAGCUCAUGAUCUUUCCCAUCAUCUACAACUGGGUUAUUAUUAUCUUCAGGGUUUGUUUUUAUGAAGUUGACCAGAAAUUUCAGGCUAUUUGGUACACCCUAGACUACGUCUCUGAUCUGGUCUAUGUGGUUGACAUAUUCAUCAAGGUCCGUACUGGGUUUUUAGAGCAGGGCAGCCUCGUGCGAGAUAUGUCACGGCUCAAAAAACGCUACCUGCACUCCUCUCAGAUUUUGUGGGAUGUGCUGUCCCAGAUGCCCACUGAUCUGCUCUACUUGAAUAAUUUUUUCAAGACUCCCGUGGUGCGGAUAAACCGGUUUCUUCGCUCACCUCGCCUCUCUGAGGCCUUGGACCGCAUGGAGACACGUACUGCCUACCCCAACAUAUUCCGCAUAUCCAAACUAAUGAUUCUCAUCUUUAUCCUCAUCCACUGGAAUGCAUGCCUCUAUUUUGCCCUCUCAAAAUAUAUUGGCUUUGGAAGUGAUGACUGGGUCUACCCUGACACCACAGACAGUGAGUUUAAUUCCACACGCCGUCAGUACUUCUAUUCCUUCUGGUUUUCCACCCUGAUCCUCACCACAGUGGGUGACACCCCUCAGCCAACCUGUGAGGAGGAAUUUCUCUUCAUGAUUGCUGACCUGUUGAUUGCCGUGCUGGUGUUUGCCUCUGUGGUGGGAAGCGUAGGGAGUGUAAUAAUGAACCUGCGUACCAGGGACAACGUCUUCUUCCCCAAUCACGAGCUGGUAAAGAGCUACUUGGGCAGCCGGAGAAUCAGCAAAACACUACACAAACGUGUCAACACCUGGUACCAACAUCUCCAUAUCCACAAGAAGAUCACUCGGGAGAAUGAAAUCCUCCAGCAGCUACCAGUCACACUGCAGACGGCCAUUGCUGUGAGCGUGCAUCUACCCAUUCUGUCUAAGGUUACCAUCUUCCAGAACUGUGAGAGCAGCUUACUGGAAGAACUGGUGCUCAAGCUCACCCCACAGUUCUACAGCCCUGGAGAGUACGUGUGCAGGAAAGGUGAUGUAGGGCAUGAAAUGUACAUCAUCAAAGAAGGGAAGCUGGCUGUGGUAGCAGACGAUGGGGUCACUCAGUUUGCUGUACUGGGUGAAGGUAAUUUCUUUGGUGAGAUCAGCAUCCUCAACAUAAAAGGCAACAGAUCAGGUAAUCGGCGUACAGCCAACAUCCGCAGCAUUGGUUACUCAGACCUUUUCAGCCUGUCCAAGGAGGACCUAACAAACACUCUGUCUGGGUUCCCAGCUGCCAAGCGUCUUUUGGAGGAAAAGGGGCGCCAAAUCCUCACCAAGAUGGGAAUGCUAGAGGUUACAGAUGAAGGGGGGGAGGAAAAGGAGAAGCUGGAGGACAAAGUGGUACGCAUUGAGUCUAGCCUGGAGACACUACAGACCAAACUGGCACGGUUGAUGGCUGAAUUGGAGUCUAGUGUCGACAAAAUGAAGAGUCGUGUGGAGCAGCUAGAACUACAGACUGAUGGUUGGGAGGGCAUUGUGGCCGAGGGGGCCGGGAGCGAAACGGACGAUGAGGCUGAGAGAGAUCGGGAGGUUGGGGAUGGUGAGGGAGAGAAAGAAGAGGAACCACAAGGAGAGAGGGGUGAGGGUGAUGGAGGAGAAGAAGAUAAGGAUGAGGGGAAAGAGGUAAAGCAGAAAAGACAGUUAAUUAAGACAGAGACAGAGAAGCAGGAUAAAAUAUAUCAAUUAUUUACAGGCUAUUUCACCAGAUUAUUCCAAGUUAAUAUAUUAGAAAAGAGGAAGAAAAUUGACAUUUCCUCUGUUGAGAUCCAGAGCACUUUUAUGAAUGUUAUUAUACAGAUGUAUGCCUAA